UAUCCUGCCCGAUGGACUCACAGUGAGAGCGAGAGAGAAUCUGAUCUCACACAGAAUUCCUCCUACUGGAGGGGACACAUCAGUAAGAGUCAAGAGGAAAAAAGACACUGAGCACAAGAGCUCUGCAAAUGAUCAUGAGCACAUAAGCGGCAGCUGACCGGCACCAGAAUAGCACGGAUAAAUAUGAUCAAGACUCUACACAGGAAUGGAAAAAUAAAAACGGCUGGUUGGUCUUUUUGACACACGGAUAUUUUUGUGUUUGUUUGUUUUUUUGCCGAUCGAAGAGAAAUAUCGCCAAUUUAAAAAAACAAAACAACAAUAACAAAAAAAAACCCAAAACGAAACAAACAAACAAACAAAAAAAAAAACAACUGGCAAGUAAUAUUUGUAAAUGACGAUUCCCAUUGAUCAGUUGCAAAAUGGAAAUAACUGGUCAAGCGUUUUGAAAUUCAAUACAACGUUUUGCACCAUAAAAAGGAAACUGAUUUACUGUAUCUGAGGUGCAGCUUCAGAAAGACUGGGGGGAAAGUAACAAGGACGCUUUGACUGAAAGGUACGGACAACGGGGCUUUUGACAACUCGGAUCACCUUGAAUAGACUUAAAACUGAGCUACAACAGAAGCAUUGUAAAAGUGUAUUCAUGCAUUGAAGUUUUACUACACAUCCAUGCACUGUGUUUUGAAAUACAAUUUGGACUAAGAGGAGGGCAUAUUGCAAAAUAAAUAAAUAAAUAAUAACUAAAUUAAAUAAAAAAACAACAAAAAAAAAAUCCCAUUUUUUUUACUAAGGGCAACUUAGUAAAUACUGGAACAUACGAAAUUACAGGAAUACUUUAAAAUAAAUAAAUGCAUAAAAAGAGGCUGUUUGUUUUUUUGAUUUUACAAAGUUGAAUGUAUUCACCGAAAGCGGGAUCCUGUUCCUUCUGAGCUGUAACGUUGUUACACGGGAGUACAGCACUGGCGGUCUUUGCUUACAAGGACAUGUUUUAAUAUUGUUUUUUUUUUUUUUUUUUUUUUUUUUUCAAUAAGAAUAUUACAAAUCAAUGCUUACAUCCAAUUUAGAGAUACAGACGUUUGCAACGCCGCAAAAUGUGAUCGGCAUGGUGAGUUGUUUACAGACACUGUACAUUUAAGAAUUCGUUAAAAACGACUGUUGAUAUUUGGAUUCAUUUUAUAUUAUUAUAAAUCUCUCCCUUCCCCUUUUUAGAUUCUUUUUUUCUGAACUGUGUAUUUUUUUUUAAAUAAUUGCCCACGGGGGGAGAGAUAUAUUCUGCGAGACCAACUAUUGCUGGGCAAGCUGGCUGUCAUGCAGUAUUGAUCCCGGAGAAGUAUGUUUGGGCUGGAACAGUUUGAGCAUCAAAUAAAUAGCAGAAACGUUGGCCACGGAGAGAGAAACUUUAACCAGCCUGGACUGAACAUGAGCGCCCACUACAAGAACCCGACUUUCCACCCUUCAGGUCCGCCUGGAGCCGUGGAACAAGGUAUGGGCACUUUGAACGAGCCCUCAAUGCUGGGACUGAACAUGACCCUAAACGGGGAGCAGUACGGCUUUCACCCCCGGGGACAUUCUGAAAUACACGCAGGGGGGCUGCAGCAGCAACCGAUGCACGGCUUUUUUAACAACCAGCAACCUCACCACGGGCACCCUCAUGGACACCACCCUCAUGCCCACCAACACCACCCCCACUUCGGGGGCAAUUUCAGUGGACCUGAUCCCAGUGCAUCUUGCCUGCAUGGAGGUCGACUUAUGGGCUACAACAACAGCAGCAUGGGGCCCCAGCAGGGCUUUGCGGAGGGUUUUGACCCCAUGGCAGAAAAUCAAGGAGCAGGAGGUGAGGGGUUUGGGCACCAGCGGCCGAGUAAUAUGCCUGAGUUUCAGCACCAUAACUCCCAAGCCACCAACCAUGCAGUCCCGGCUCCUUGCCUCCCAUUAGAUCAAUCACCAAACCGGGCUGCCUCAUUCCAUGGCGUUCCAUCCACCACUUCAUCAGAUGCCCACAGCCUUGAGCAGCGGAGAAUGCCUGCUCAAGCUGGCGUGGAACCUUUGGAAUACAGUUACCCCAGCGAGACCCCUUCAGGACACUUUGAUAUGCCAGUGUUUUCCCCAUCAGAAUCUGAUGCACAGCUUCCUCACUACGGGGCUGGCAGGCAGGUACCUGGUGGCAACUUUCCUGGCAAUCCAGCUAUGCCAAGAGCACCAGGCAUGCCAGGCAUCUCUAAAGCCCACCCGCAGCAGCAGCAUGGCGUUUUCUUUGAGAGGUUUGGAAACACUCGAAAGAUGUCAGUGGGAAUGGAGCCUGGCAUCAACGCAAGACAUCCAUUGAUGCAGCAGCAGCAAGGGGGCUUGCUGGCCAGACAAAACUCUUGUCCUCCAACCAUCCCUAGGCAACCGCCUACUGAGGCCAGUGCUCCUAACCCUAACCUGCAAGACAAUGGGGUGAUGAUGCCAGGCCAACAUAACCAGUUUGAAUACCCCAUUCACAGACUGGAGAACAGAAGUAUGCACCCUUACAGUGAUCCUAUGUUUAAUAUGCAGCAGCAGCCACCUCAGCAUCCACCAAACCAGAGACUGCAACACUUUGACACUCCCUAUUUGAAUGUGGCAAAGAGACCAAGGUUUGAUUUUCCAAAUAACCACAACCCUGAGAGCUGUGCUACUUGGAACAGCAACAUGCACAACCCGCCGGGCAUGGAAAACCACUUAUCUCCAUCUGCCUACCCUGGUCUUCCUGGGGAGUUUACCCCUCCUGUUCCAGAGGGGUUCCCACCAGGUCCCCCUCUGCAGCAUGCAGGCCCUGAUCAGCAGUCUUUGCAGCAACGCCAAAAUGCAGCAAUGAUGAUUAAACAAAUGGCUUCCAGAAACCAACAGCAAAGAAUGAGGCAGCCUAGUCUCCAGCAGUUGGGUCACCAUGGAGAUGUCAGUCAAAACAGCAUGGUGCACGGCGGCCAAGUAGGAAAUAUGCCUCAGCCAAAUUUUGAAAGGGAAAGUGGGGGAAGGAUGGCCAACUUUGAUUCCCAGAACCCACACAUGGCUCAGGAGAAUACCUGGUUUCCAGGCCCCCACCCUCCUGGAGAAAUGCUCCAGCGCAGGAUGGGCACCUCCAAUGUACCAGGGGAGGCCAGCCCACAUGAAAUUAAUAUGCAGCAGAAUGGGUCAAAUAUGCUCUUUCGGCCUGGGGUCAAUGGAAUGGGCAUGCAAGAGCCUAUGAGGAUGCCAGGAGAUGGACAUGUGCAGGCUUUGCAUUCCCCUGGCAUGCAGUUUGGAAAUAAUAUGGGCAACCUCUCCCAGAUGCAGUCUCCUGGGGCUGGGGUUGGGCACCCAAAUGCACCAUCAGACCGAAGACCCCCAGACUUCCCCACGCCUCCUAUGGGGGCACAGUCAGGUUUCCCUUUCAGUGGGGCAAACAGACCAGGAGCUCCGCACAACAACCCCCCAGGUGUGAAUGCUUCCCCAGGCAACUAUCCUCCCCAGUCUGAGUUUCAGCAAGGCCAGCGUCCCUCUGUUAGUAAGUUAGGGGCACUUUCACUGGGGUCAUUUAGUAAGACUAAUGCGAAAGAUAACAUGUUUGGACAGAGCUGCCUGGCUGCCCUUUCGACAGCCUGCCAGAAUAUGAUUGCCAGCCUGGGUGCCCCUAACCUCAAUGUUACAUUUAAUAAGAAAAGCCAAAAUGAAGGCAAGCGAAAGCUGAGUCAAACUGAGCAGGACAUAAAUAGCACGAAUGCUGGAGCCACUGGCAACAGUAGCAGUGGGUCUGAAUAUUUCCAGAGCGGUGCCUCUCAGAACAGUCAGAUGGCUGGUGCUGGGAAUAGUAACAGCAAGCCUUCAGGUCAAAGUGGCACAAGUCAGCCUACCCAAGGGGAAGCUAACCUCUCCCCAAACUACAAUAUGGACGCUACCCCAGCGAAUGAAGGGAAGUCAGUGACAGGGAGUGGGAGGGGGAGGGGGAGGAGAAAAAGGGACAGUGGGCAUGUGAGCCCAGGAAUUUUUUUUGACAAAUUUUCCUCCGACUGUGGAAACCCGGUAGUAAGUCCGGGGCAACAGGGCCCACCAACAAGUGCUGUAGAGCGAGGUGGUGGAACCCCCCAUGAUAAGCCCCUCACAUCUCCCUCCUGGGGAAAGGGAAGUGACUUGCUGCUUAGUGACCAGCCGGACCUCAUGUCCUCUUUGGACAGUGGGAUUCAAAGUGUAACAAAAUCGGACAGUAGCUCACCUCAUGUUGAUUUUCCAGAUGAUGUGAGCACAAAUUAUGGCAAUGAAGAUGAGGUGUCUUCUAGCUCAGACAACAACAUAUCCAAACCUAACAGGAGCCCUUUGGUCACCAGCUCCCCCAAAAUACAGAGGGGUGACCAUGGACUGCUUAACGGGCAGAAACAAAUGAGUCUUGGUAUGCUAAAUAACACUACCUCUACUCCAGACAGCUAUGGGCUCAGUAGCACUGGGGGCGGCCACCCUGGUACCCCGGGCAUGGAGCAGGUCCGCACCCCGUCUAGCACAUCGACGCAGGAUGAGAUUCACCCUUUAGAGAUCCUCCAAGCACAGAUCCAACUCCAGAGGCAACAGUUCAGCAUAUCGGAAGACCAGCCUCUUGCUAUGAAGAACAAAAAGCCAGACUGCCCGAGCCAGAACAGGGAUAAUGAGUUGGUCAAUUGUGUCACGGACAGUGGCAAAAACGCCAUGAGCACUAUUGACCUUGACACUCUGAUGGCAGAACAACAUGCUACGUGGUAUAUUCCCAAUGAUAAGUCCUUGAUAGAGGGCCAGGAGGAUGACAAAUCCAUGGCACCAUGGGAAAAGACAAAACCUCAGAAUAACAACAAAGAAGCCCAAGACCUACCCCAGAGCAAACCCUCUGCAGCGGGCCAGAAUGGAAGCCAUGUUCAGUGUCUGACGGUCCACUGUAACGAAGACAUGGGCGAGUCGAAGGGCCGGACACCAGUGCCAUCCUGGAGGUCACUGCACUCAGACAUCUCCAACCGCUUCGGGACCUUUGUGGCAGCACUCACCUGACUAAAAUGACUUUUUUUCUAAAAAAAAAAAAAAGAAAAAAGAAAGAAAAGCAAAUCAAUACAAAUAAUAAGAAGAUGGACGCUACGGUCAGGUGGACUUUUCUAACUGCAGAGUGGCAUUCAGACCUGUAACCUCAACAUUUUUAUAUAUAUAUAUAUAUAUAUAUAUAUAUAUAUAUAUAUAUAUAUAUAUAUAUA